AUGGUGGUAGAAGUACUAUUCUUCAGUGGUCCUGUACCCUAUGAUUCCCCAGACACCUCCAACCAAUAUUACCAGUACUACCCUUCUUCACGAGCUGUUAGAUUUAGAAAUCAGCACUCCCUGAAUUCCAACACAUAUACUGUAAAGAUGUCGCUAGAUCCCCAGGCACUCCAGAAAUUGCUUCUUGAAAUGGACAGUCAGCUCAAUAAAUCGAGAGCAGAGUUGUCCAUGUGCAACGUUCAGCUCAACAGAGUGGAAACCAAUAUCAGCAUUGUGGAGAACACCAGCAGCAAAUUGAAAGAACUUACCAAACCCGAGGACUCGGUCUGGAAGGGUGUUGGCCGUGCCUUUUUGAAAACAGACACCACGCAGUACUUGGACCAAAUCAACAAAGACAAGAAGGAGUUUUUGGAGACGCAGAAGGGCUUGAAAACGAAACAGCACUAUCUAGAAACAACCUUGGAAAACACGAUCAAGAGCAUGACCGAUAUCGUCGGACGGAAGUAG